AUGUUGAUCAGAUUAUUAAAUUCUCGUUUAUCAUCAUUGAUGAUUUUUGUAAGACGUUCGAUAAUUAUUCCAUCUGAUUUUGAUUUGGGUAUGAAAAUGAAAUCGUUCAAUGAUAAUAAACAAUUCGGAAAAGCACUCGAUUUAUUUGAUAUACAUAAGAAAAAUAAUAUUAAAACUGCUUCGACUUAUAUUAUUACACAAGCUUUAAAAGCAUGUACUCAGCUUGAAGAUCUUCAACGUGGUCAAACUAUUCAUCAUCUCAUCCCAUUAUCUAUGAAAGAUGAUUCUUUGAUAUUAGCAUCAUUAAUCCAUUUAUAUAUGCAAUGUCGUGAUGUAACACGUGCUGAAUUAUUAUAUAAUAAUAUUAAAGAAAAAACAUUGCCAAUUUAUGGAGCAAUGAUAAAAGGUUAUAUAAAAAAUAAUCAAGCAAAUAAAGCAAUAAAUCUUUUCAAUGAAAUAAAAAAUCCUAAUGAAAUUAUUCUAAAUCUUUUAUUUAAUGCUUGUGCUGAAUUAAAAACUGUCGAAGCAUUGAAUUUAGCAAAAAAAUCUUAUGAAAAAAUGCCCAAAUCUUUUCGUUCAAAUCAUUAUUUAUUAACUUCUCUAUUAGAUGCAUCAAUGAAAUGUGGUGAUACUACAUAUGCUGAAUCAUUAUUUAAUAAAACAACAAACAAAGUGUUACCAAUGUAUGGCGCUAUGAUGAAAGGUUAUAUAGAAAAUAAUCAAUUAAAUAAAGCAAUUGAUCUUUUUAAUCAAAUAAAAAAUCCAAGUGAUAUAAAUGUUAUUGUUCUAUUUAAUGCUUGUGCUCGUCUUGGAACAAAAGAAGCAUUAUAUAUAGUUAAAAAAGUUUCAAAAGAAAUGCCUGAAAAUUUUCAUUUAAAUUCUCGUCUUGUUAAUUCAUUAUUGGAUGCAUUUAUAAAAUGUGGUGAUUGUGCAAGUGCAGAAAGUCUUUUUUCAAAAACGAAAAAAUCUAUAAUUAAUUAUGGAAAUUUAAUGAAUGGAUUCAAUAAAGAAAAUAAUCCAUUGAAAACAUUAGAUUUAUUUAAUCAAAUGAAAAUGAAUCAUAUUCAAGGAAAUAUAAUUAUUUAUCUUUGUCUUAUUAAAGCUUUAUCACAAAUUGGUGAUUAUUCUAUAUGUCAAUUAUUUAUUAAACAAAUUCCUAAUUCUUUUCUUUUGGAUAAUCAAAUUCAAAAUGCAUUAAUUGAUAUGUGGAGUAAGAGUGGAUCUAUUGAUAAAGCUAAAGAAAUUUUUGAUAAAAUUUCUCAACCAGAUCGAAUUGGAUACACAGCAAUGAUGAAUGGUUAUGGUUUAAAUGGAAUGGGUAUUCAAGCAAUUGAGCUUUUUCGUCAAUUAUCAGAAAAAUUUCUCGAUGAAAUAACACAUGUCUGUAUUUUAAAUGCAUGUUCACAUUCAGGACUUGUUGCUGAAGCUCAGUCAAUCUUCAAGAAUAUUUCAGUUAAAACUGAAAGUAUUUAUGGAGCAAUGAUUGAUUGUUUUAGUCGUGCAUCUUUUUUUCAACAAGCACAACAAUUGAUUAAUGAAUAUGAACGUGAUCAUUUACCUGUAUUAACUAUGUACAUGGCAUUAUUGUCGGGUGCCAGAAAUGUCAACAAUAGCUCUUUAGCACAACACAUCUAUGAUCGUAUGAAGAAAGUUUUUCCUGAACAAUCAGAUCCAUUAACUGCAGCUACAACUCUCCUUAAUAAUGUUUAUGCAUCAAUAAGUGACCUUGAAAAAGCAUCAAAUAUUCAAAAAGAAUUACAGAAGCUAGACGCUAAGAAAAAAAUUGGUCUUUCAUGGACUGUGAUCAAUGGACAAAUAUCUCAAUUUCGUGCUCAUGACCAAUCUCAUCCUCGAUCAAAUGAAAUUUAUGCUGAAGUUAAGAAAAUAUCAAAAGAACUUCUUCAACAUGGUCAUCAAUAUGAUUCAAGCUGGAUUACACGACCAUUGAAUCAAGAUGAAACUAUUGAAUCAGUUCUUUGUGGACAUAGUGAAAGACUUGCAAUAGCAUGGAAUUUUCUUGAAAAUCCUAAUGUAAAACGAAUACAAGUAACAAACAAUCGUCGUGUUUGUGGUGAUUGUCAUCGAGCCAUUAAAUUAAUCGCUGCUAUACGAAAAUGUGAAAUUAUUAUUCGUGAUGCUAAUCGAAUUCAUCAUUUCCAUACAGAUGGACAAUGUUCAUGCAAUGAUUAUUUUUAA